CAAUCUCAGUCCAGAGAAAAAUGCAAACGAAAAUGGAAUGUCUAUGCAGAAUGAUAACUUCGAAGAGAUCAUAAACCUGCCUAUUGGUUCUAAACCUUCCCGGCUAGAUGCCAUGAACAAUGAUGGAAGCAAUAGUCCUGAAAUUCCUUUGAAUCCAAUUCUAGCCUUUGAAGAUAAGGGGACUCUUUUGCCUCAGGUAGACAAUGUUCAAAACACACCAAACAGCAGAAGUGAUCUGAUCGUUUCUUAUGAAGAACCAAAGGUGAUUAUGAGCAUCUCUGCAGUCAGUGGAGUUUCUUCCAUGCUAUGAAGGAGUGUUUUAUUUUCUCUCUCCGUUUUUUUUAAAGAUUUAUUGAAUAUCUUUUUUGGAAGGACUUUAGUAAAACCAGCAGAAGAAGUGAUGGGAAUAGACUUGGAUCACCUUUCUAAUAGCUUUCAUCACUAGAAAACUUGUGCUUCACAUGCAUUACUUAAUAUGGCUUUUUCCAAGCUUUUUCUGUUAGCAAAUGUAUAUUUCUGCAUUCCUUAAGACACAAGACACUGGAAUCUGAAUGCAAUGGGCUGAUUUGGGUGGUGGGACCGAUUCUUUUUUUUUAAAAAAGGUGUAUGUUGGUUUAAAGGGCAUAAUUGUAAAAUUGGCAAAGAAUCUUUUACACUUUGUGGUUCUAAUACUUGAAAAAUAAAUACCUCAUUGCUCUACAAGUAGAGUUAAUGGGGUGUUUUAUUUAAACCUGUUGGUUUAAAUAUUAUUGCAGAGAACUCUAAUUAUGGGGGCAAAGUAUAGGCUUCUGUAUCAGGUUCUUGUAAAUGUAAUUCCUACAGGGACAUUCUGUAAAUUGAGACGUCACUAUGGUCUUCUCACAUUUUCUCUAAAAACACAAAAGAAGGCAGGUUUUAAAAUGUGAAAUUUUGAAAACGUUAUUUUUUCAUGGACAAGAGGAAAACCUAUUGUUCUCCCACGUGAUGUAUUUAUGAAUUUUGUUCAGUACAGAAAUAAAUUGUUUAAUUGAAUAAAUUAGAAAAAUGUGUUAAAAUUAUACUGCAGACUUGAUUUUUUUUUUGUUACAUCCAUGUUCACAGUACUAUAAAAUGCAAGUAUGCAUACGUGCACACACAAGGAAAUACCUUGUUCUGAGUCCUGUAAAUUGCUGCUUUUCCCAAUGAUGGAAAACUCCUUUGCCUUAUCAGACUAUGGAAGACUGUGUGAAACCUGAAAUAUUUGAUUUUUGGAUGAUGAAGCAGG